UUCUCAAAAGAAAUAGUUUUGUUCAGCUGAACUCACAGCUACUACAUCAACUGCUGAAUUCAUCAUUUUCAGAGGUAAGUUAGUGUUAUUUACUAUUGUUAUGGAAACUGGUAAAAAUUAUAAUGAUGUUGCCUAGGUUUUCACAAAUGUAUUUACUUACAUAAAAUUAAGAUAAGUGGUAUAAUCUAUUGUAAAACAACCAAAGUAUAAUUGAAUCCGUAUGGAUUCUAUAGGCAUGACAAGUUCAUUGUUUUAUGGUAGUGAAGUUCUUCCUAUGCCUAUAAGUGCCAUAUGGAUUCAGUUAUUUUGUUCAAACGUCAUGGUUCCUGCUGUACCUGUAGGUGCCAUAUGGAUUCAAUUUGAUUUAGACCAGUAAAUAGUGCAUUUUAAUCUGUGUAUAGUCUAUUGCCCACCCAUAAAUGGGAGGAGGCAAUAAAAAUAUUUUAUUACAAAUUUCAAAAUACUCCUUUAUUUAUUUAUAAAUAUGCUAAGAUUGCCUUUUUGUAUAAAAGCCAUUUUGUGAUAUACAUCUGUAUUCUUCAUAGCCUAUUUUUUUUAUGAACGUUAUAGUAAACUAAUUUAUUUCCAGAUGGAUGAUCGUGACGACGGUGUUAUACAAGAGUGGCUACUUUUGCCAAGUAGUGAUAUAUCGGAAGAAGAGGAGCUUGGAAAUGAAGAGAAUGAAGAAGACCUCGUAUUUGAUAUAAUUUUCAAUCGGGGCUUAGAAGAGCAGCUAGAAGCUGAUGGAAUAAAUUUGGAAGAGAUUCGGGUUGCAGUGUCUGAGGGUGAUAAUGAAUUUGGAGACGUUGAAGAACAGGAAGCCGAAGACAUCCAAUCUGCAUCUGAGAUUGUGACUGCUUUACCAGAAGAAGAGGACGUGAGUAUGGCAGAUCCAGACUAUAUGCGUCCAGGACCUUCUACAGGUAGGCCUAUACAUAGAAGAGGGAGGGGAAGACGACAAGAAAAUGCCCCCAGAGUAAGACGUGCUGUACAAAGGGAUAGAUCCCCAGUAUCCAUUUGGAAUAAGGAAAAGUUCAUCUCUCCUAAUGUUCAGUGGGAAGGUACUAUUCCUAACCCCCCCACAGAAGCAGCUUCAAAAACCCCAUUAGAUUUCUUCUCAAUGUUUAUUAAUGAAGAAAUAAUUCAUCUAAUAACAGAGCAAACAAAUCUUUAUGCUCAGCAGAAGGGAAAGGACUUGAGUGUUACAAAUAUUGAAAUACAACAAUACAUUGGCAUAUUGUUGCACAGUGGAGUAGUCAAUGUUCCCCAAUAUCGUAUGUAUUGGGCAGCGGAGACUCGCUACCCAGCAAUUGCUGAAGUUUUGCCUAGGAACAGGUUUGAUGAUAUAUUAAAUCAUUUUCAUCUUGUUGAUAAUACCACACGAAUUCCUGGAGACAGCCUUUUCAAAGUUCGCCCUUUGAUAAAUACUAUUGCUGAGGCUUGCAGAACGAUUCCACCAGAACAGAAUCAAUCCAUCGAUGAGCACAUGAUACCAUUCAAAGGGACUUCACACAUGAAGCAAUAUGUGAAGAAAAAGCCCAAAAAAUGGGGCUACAAAGUAUUUAUGAGAUGCGGAGCAUCAGGUUUGAUGCACGAUUUCUCAAUAUACAUUGGGAGUGAAAAGACUUGUGGUGACUACGGUCUCGGGUUCAGCGGUGACAUUGUAGUUGAACUUUGCUUGGAUUUGCCAAAUGAUAAGGGCUUUAAAAUUUUUACAGAUAACUGGUUCACCUCAAUAAAGUUAUUCAAUUACUUAAAGGAGAAGGGGGUAUGGGGAACCGGAAGUAGUUCGUCCAGAUCGAACCAAUCAUUGCCCACUGUUGGAAGAGAAAGAUCUAAAACGGCUCGGAAGGGGGUCACAUGA